CUACUAGUAGAGGUAGUACUAAUAGUAGUAGUGAUGGUAGUAAUAGGAAUAGGAGUAGUGCUAGUAGUUGUGGUAGUAGUAAUAGUGUCAAUAGUAGUAGUGGUAGUAUAGUGGUGGUUGUGGUAGUAGAAGUAGUAGUAGCAAUAGUAGUAUUGGUACUAGUAGUGGUGGUAGUAGUAGUUACAGUUGUAGUCAAAGUAAUUGUAGUAGCACUGACUUUAAUCUGCUGGCGAUGCUAAAGGAAAGGUCAGGGGAUUGUCAGAAUGAUUAGAUUUCAUCCUCGGGGCAUCAUACAGAACUUCAUGUACGAUCUGCGCUAUAGUUGCUGAAACGUUUUAAUCUGGACUGAAGCGACUGAUCGACCGACCAUCUGUCUCUGGAUCAAUACCGAUAGCAUGCUGACGCACAGCUAUGUUAGCAUUUGUAUUGCUGUGCUUUCAGCUAAAUACUAAUGUCAGCAUCCUAACAUGCUUCCGGGAUCAAUGUUAACAUGUUUGUUUUGAAGGUUUAGUGUUACCAUCUUUGUUUACCAUGUUAGCAUACUAACAUUUGGCAGUAAACACGAAACAUGGGUUCCUAACAGCUCAGCUCGGUACACAUAUCCUCACCACUACUGAAAAACAACAUGUUAUCUGUAACAGUAGGAGAGACGUGUUGUUUCCUCCUGCAAAAGUGACUUACUUUUGUUUUUGGGACAGAGAUCUUUACAGUUUUUAUCCAGAUGUGUUGAAGCAUUAUGCCUGGCAGGUAGUGGAAGCUGCAUUCACUGGUUUACAGGGAGAUUUAAAGAGAGGAGCUCACACAACUCAGUGUUUCUCUGACAGUUUUUUAGUCAACAAUAAAAGUGUUGAUGUUCAGCUGAUCUGUAGUUGAGCAGCUGGCCUUUGUUAGUAUUAUUGUCAUUAUUAGGUGACUAAAAAUAAUAAUUCACCUCGUCUAGCGAUAGUUUCAAUAAUAUGUGGAACUCGUGAGGUUUUUGUAUGUUUCUACAGUUUUACAACAGAGGCUUCAGUUUGGAUCUGGGUGUUCCCUUUUCAGACGUUUUUCCAUUUCCUCUCUCUGUACCGAGGCUAUAAAACCAGUCAUCCAGGUGCAGCACAUUCCCCAGUUCCCAUUUAUAAUCUCUAUCUAGUCUCUCUUUCCUCCUCAAACACAGUGAAGUGCAAUAAGUAAUAUAUUUCCUGAUUUCAGGGCCUUACUUUCUCUUCCCAUUCUGUGUUUUUUUUGGACUCGUUUCAGCUCACCAGCAUAUCUUCAGUGUGUCUAAUGAGCUGCCUGGAGGAAUUCAACCAAACUAGUACUUUUAGCAUAUUUUACACACGGAGAGCAAGACAAUUCAGAGCCCAAAUUACAAUUUAAACUGUUAUAUGAUUUAAAAGCACCAUAUGGUGACAGUCCAUUUUAUUAUGUUUUGUGGUGUAAAGUCAGAACCGUUCGUACGUUUACUGCAUUUAAAUGCUGCCAUGAAUCUGUUCUUAUUUAUUUUUCGAUUUAUGUUGUCAGACAACAGAAAAGUAUGAAAUAGUGAUGAAACACAGUGUAUUAAAGCUACACAGUAAGCAGCUGUCACUAAAUAGAAAUUUCCAGCUCUGCAGUGCUAAAAUACUGAUAUUAAAAGCGGAAUGUCAUAUUACAAAUUCACCAUACACAAGUUAAAGACAGUAACUGUGCUGUGAAUUUAGUGAUAUUUCAGUGUAAAAUGAUUCCAUAUCAAGAAGUACAUAUCUAUGUUGGCUGUCAUGUGGUCAACCGUAUAUGCAGAGAGAGUGUUAUUCCUGAAAUGGGUGGGGCCACGGAUUAAACAUUCCUAGUAAAAUGAAUAAUCUUUGUAGUUUUUUGAGAUUAAAAACUGAAAGACACACUCAAAGCACAUGUGAGACUAUCAAUAAUUUGACAAAAAGGGCCACAAAGUGGAACCUUUAAACUGAAAACACGUGUGUGGGUCUGCAUAAAUACAAGAAAACACACGCUGAUUCUUCCCUUAGUUCUCAAAAAUGCAGAUUUUCUUAAGGAAAAUCACAGUGAGACUGAACAGUUUAUUCAUCAACGCAUUGUUGUAAUCAUGAAUGGAAUGAUGACAGAUGCUUUUUCUUAACAUUUGUAUUGUGAAACAAAACAGAUUAUUUUAUUUUGCAGGUUUUUCACUUAUAUUUCCUGAUUGGCUUUUGGGAUGACAGUUUUUAUCGGUCUGUGAAUGUGAAAAAUGUGAUUAAUAUCCAUUCAUGGUGCCCAGAGGAUGAAACCAGCUGAAGCGAAUCCCUACCAUGAGCUUUUUGUUUUGUGGUCUCAGUGAAUGAGGCAAUUGGAUGAACUCCCAUUAAGUCAAAGUCAGCUUUAUUGUGAAUUCUUCAAUAUGUACAUGACAUACCAAGGAUUGAAAUUUCGUUACUCUCUCUUCGUGCAACAGUAGACAUUAAAUAAAGACUUAAAAAAUAAGAUAUUAAAGGGCAAAAAGAACAAAGGAAGCAAAAUUAGAGCCGAGCAACAACUAAGAACUAAGAAAAGUAGAACUGAGUGAAAUGUAAACAUGACCAUGAGAUAAAGUGACGGAUUUAGUGCAGAAUACUCAGAACAGUGCAAAUAAGUAACAGUCCAAGAAGUGCAAAUAUGCUUGACGGUUGAAUGUGCUAUUUCAGUGCAGAUCAGAGGUUACUGACCAGAGUUUGUGUAUGUGGGGGAAGGGGGUGGUAGAGAGGGCAGAGAGGGGAGAGAGUUCAGCUUCCUGACAGCCUGGUGGAUGAAGCUGUUGCUCAGUUGGCUGGUCCUGGUCCUCAGACUCUUCAGUCUCCUCCCUGAUGGCAGCAGGCUGAAGAGGUUGUGGGACGGGUGUGUGGGGUCACCUGCAAUUCUUAGUGCUUUGCGAGUAAAGUUAGACUCACAGUGCUGAGAGGAUGAAGCUCAGUGACUGAGUUCCACUUAUAAAUAACUGUGUAUUUUUAAACUUCCUGUGAGUAGAGGUCAACAAUCAUCCCUUUGGAGUGCAGUUUGUGCAGCAUCAGCCGCUUUCAUUUGAAUAAGGCUUACUUUUGUGUGUAAUUUGGUACAGAUGAUAUGUAAAAAUGACUUACAGCGCCUCUGUUUUAUGCGCUGUCAGCCAUUCCGCCUUUUGUCAAGCUGUAAAUAGAGCCUCACUGGCAGCCGCAAAGUCUUUCAUCUCCUGCAGGAAACAGGCCUCCUGACAACUUUUUAGAAGUUUCAAUCUCUCAGUGGUCUGUCUGGAGUGUGCUGUCAUUUCCAGCUGACAGCAGUUCCUUCCUGGAGCUCAGCUGUGUGACAUCUGGCUGGAUAGUCUGUCCGACACGAAGGGAUACCGCAGGAGGUUUCUGUUUUCAUUAGAAUCAGGUUUGGGUGUUCAGCGGUCACAAGCAGCACUUUGGAUAAAUCUGCCACAAGUCCCAAGCUACUGUGCAGGGUAAACAGAGGAAUUCAUGUAUCUUACAGUAAAGGAGUAGUUUGACAUUUGGAAAAAUACACUUCAUUUUCUUGCCUGGGGUUCAACAAGAAACUCAGUGCUUCUCUACUGCCUGCAGCUGUUUAGUACAAAUUAGCACAAAGACUGCAAAUCGGGGGAAACCUGGCACUGUUUUAGAAAUAUUGUUUUUCUUUGAACACAAAUUGCAAAGUGUAAAAUCAACAUUUCAAGUUAGUUUAUUGGAUGAUCAAACAUGGUAACUUCCUGGGGUUGGCAGCAACUUUCCAGGAUCUCUCUGUUCCUGAGCAUAUACAACAUUUACAACACGUAGUUUAUGCAUUUGCUUUUUGUUUCACAUUAAAUAAAUGUAGUGUGUGUUAAUUGGUGAGCUUUAAAGCUGCCCUGAUGCUGGUUGUACCUUUAUGUUCACUAAACAAACAUGAGAGUGAGAACUUUUCAUCGAAGGGAAUAUAUUUACUGUGAAGGAAAAAUUACUCUCUCUGCCCUUAUUGAGGAAUUUCCUUGCAACUGUUAGUGGAAGACAUCCCAGAAUGUCAUGUAGGUUGCAUCUGUCAACUACAGUCACCUUAAAUUAAGUUGUAGAACUUAUAGGUGACCUUAAAUUAUCCUACAGGUUGCCACCUUCUUCCAAUCUGAGGCUGUAAGCAUGUUUAGGCCCUCUCUGUCCCUAUUAUGGCCCUGAGAAAGGCAGAUGCUGUGUAUUAUGAUUAGAUAUUGUCUAGUUGACGUUCUUGAGCAGACAAGUUGUCUAAAUAUGGCAUUCCUCCCAACUCCGUAUAUACCCGAGAUCGAAGAGAAUCCUCAGAAUUGGUGCUGGCAAUGCUCACAUGAAUGUGCUGCUUUGUUGUAUCGUAUCUCCUGACAUCAGUAAACCUUAUUCUCAACCUAAGCCAUCCAAAUCUCCAAAGUGUCUCUGAGUCUUCCCUAACAUUUACCAAAAUGAUUAUGGAUCUGUCUGCUCCUGUAUGUUGUAUUUUUGGGACAUAUUUUCCGCCUAAGCAUCGAUGAGAUGACUGUGCAAAAAGAUUGGUCAAUAAGUAAAGAAAAACUGGGGCAGAGGAUGAUGUUUUCUUAGAAAUGUAUGGUAAUUUCGGCUUAACUUUUAUCCACGCCUACUGUGCAGUGCAACACCAUCACAUGUCCUGGAGGUUUUCGAAUUUUCCACCCCUGAAAUAUCUUAACAUAACUGCUUCAUUUCAAAAACACUAAAUGAAACCUUGAAGGUUUCAGUACAGGUUCAUAAUCAUGUCUUUGGGUCAGUCGGUGCAAGUUUCCCAAAGCUUUUAAAAAGAUUGCAAGACAAUAAAUAACUUUUUCUUUUUCUUUUUUUUGACAACAGUCUGCCCAGAGUCUGUCAUCACUGGACGGAAUCCUUAAACAAACAUAAACCAAAUCCAGACAGCUCAUUUAACUGGACAAAUAUAAGUUACUCAUGCAGACACACACACUCAUUUGCCAAAUAUGGUGGCUGCUUUGCUGCUUUGUCUCCCUCCAUCAUGUUGUGUCUUUGGCCUGAUUUGAAAGUUAAUCAUUUCAGUGCUCAGUUAAAUGUAGGCUGAAUGACCUGAAAAAGAUUCCUCACAUGAAAACGACAGGCGCCAGCUAUGCCCGAGUACCUAACACUCCUGCUAAACUGUCCACUUGUAAUUGCUACCAUUUUUAUUGCUGGUAUCGGUGGGACAUUUCAGUAUGGAUACUGUGUAUCUGUGAUGACCUCCCCCUCUGGUUUCAUAAAGGAGCUGGUGAACAAAACAUGCAUUCAUAGAUACAACCUCUCCCUGGAGCAGUGGCAUCUCUCCCUCAUCUGGUCCUUCACUGUGUCCAUUUUCUGCAUCGGGGGUUUAAUAGGAGCUCUGGUGGCCGGUUCACUGAUCUCAAAAUUUGGCAGAAAGCGAUGCCUUUUGUUCAACAACUUCAUGGCUAUAACUGGAGCUGUGUUGAUGCUCUUGAGCCAAACAGCCAUGUCUUUCGAGAUGAUCAUGGCGGGACGAUUUCUCUGCGGCCUCAAUUCAGGAAUCGGCCUUUGUGCUCACACGAUGUACCUUCUCGAAUGCGCUCCCAGGCAGCUGAGAGAGAUGGUGGGUGUGACCAUCGCUAGCUUCAUCUCCUUGGGGAAGUUCAGCGGUCAGCUGCUGGGGAUCAGGGUGUUCGUCAACAGAAGCCUGACACUAGAGAACAUCAGAUGCUACGGCUUCGACAUGGAUUACACGCUGGCAUUGUAUAAGUCUCCUGACUACGAGAGUCUGGGCUUUGAGCUGAUAAGAGACAGAAUGGUUUCUAUUGGUUACCCUCAUGAGCUCCUGCGCUACACUUACGACCCCAGUUUUGCCACCCGAGGCUUAGUGGUCGACACCAAGUAUGGGAACCUCCUCAAGGUGGAUUCAAAUGGAAAUAUUUUAGUCUGCAGUCACGGCUUCCGCUUCCUCAAAGGGGAAGACGUUCACAACUAUUAUCCCAAUAAGUUCAUCCAAAGAGGCGACACUGAGCGAUUUUACAUCCUCAACACUCUCUUCAAUCUGUCAGAGACGUAUCUGUACGCCUGCCUGGUGGACUUCUUCACCAGAUGCACCAGAUACAGUAACCUAAUAAAUGGCUUCCAGCACGGCGACCUGCUCAUGUCCUUCAGAAGCAUGUUUCAGGAUGUUCGAGAUGCGAUGGACUUUAUUCACGACACUGGAAUCCUAAAAGAACGAACCAUAAAGAAUCUGGAGAAAUAUGUGAUCAGAGACCCAAAGCUCCCAGUCCUCCUACGUCGAAUUAAAGAAGUGGCCAAGGUGUUCCUGGCCACCAACAGUGACUACAGCUACACCGAGAACAUCAUGAACUACCUGCUAGAAAGUAGUCCUAAGCCUGGAGGUGCCAAACCGUCCUGGCACAGCUUUUUUGACCUGGUCGUGGUCGACACCAGGAAGCCGCUGUUCUUUGCAGAAGGAACCGUCCUGAGACAAGUGGACACGAACACUGGAAAGCUUCGGAUCGGGACGUACACUGGCGACCUGCAGCAUGGAACAGUUUAUUCUGGAGGAUCUUCAGAUAUCGUCUGUGAUCUGCUGGAUGUUAAGGGUAAAGACGUCCUCUACGUCGGAGAUCACAUCUUUGGAGACAUCCUGAAAUCUAAGAAACGUCAAGGAUGGAAAACUUUUCUGGUCGUACCGGAGCUCAGCAAGGAGCUGCAUGUGUGGGAGGAGAAGAAAAAUCUCUUUGAGGAGCUUAAACGUCUCGAUGUCUUCUUAGCUGAACUUUACACACAUCUGGACAGCGGCAGCAGAGAGUGUCCAGACAUCAGCGCCAUUCAGAUGAGAAUAAAGGUGCUGACCUACAGGAUGGACAUGUCCUACGGCCAGAUGGGCAGUUUGCUGCGUAGCGGAGCCAGACAGACACUGUUUGCCAGCCAGCUGAUGCGUUAUGCAGAUCUAUACUCGUCCACCUGCAUCAACCUGCUGCACUACCCCUUCAAUUACCUCUUCAUGGCUCCUCCAGUCCUCAUGCCUCACGAGGCUACAACGGACCUCACAGUGACCCAAAACGAUGUCAAGACCAACAAAACUGAUGCUGAAGGAAGCUGAUUAUAAUGAACCAGAAGAAGCAGAACAUGAAGAUGCUGCAGAGGAAUCUUGUAAAUGUGUUUCAAGGUGACUGCUUACACUUGUGCACGUAUGAUGGGUUUGCUGCAGCCAUGAUGUGCCUCCUUUACACAGAACAAACUUAUUGCUCCACCUGCUGGAUAUGAGCCGCUAUGCCAUGGAACGUUUACCUUAGAAACCCAUAAUUCAAGCAGGAGACAUAUUUAAAUAUACAUGACUCAAGGUUACUGUAUAUAUGAGUGAAACUUUGUUUUGACAACUAGUUGUACAGAUGCACUUUUAAUCAGGAGUUUGUGCAAUGGUUUUAAGAAGGAAAUGUAUUUAAUAGUUGUUUGUGUAAUGUCUGUUGAAGGAUCUCAAUAAAUCAUUAAUAUUG